AGACGAAGGAAUUUGUGAGGAACCGAAAGCAGCGAAGGGCAGCUAACGUGAGAGGAAGGAGCCUCGGCAGACAGCAAGGGUUACACAUGAGAAGUCUGAGGAGGGAAUCAAACAAAGCAAACAGGGUGCAGGGAGAGAAAGACCAGGUAGAGUUGGUUGGAUUUCCAGCUUGCCUCACGCCUAAUUACUACUUUCUCACUGUGGUGAAGGAAAAGCAAACAGAAACUAAGUCAGAGAAAACUGCAAACAGAAAGGAUAGAAGAAGAAGGUAGGAGAGGAAAAAGCAGAAGUAACAAAGUGAGACGUUAAAAAAAAAAUCAGCUCAGCAAAUAAUUGAGGAAGAGAAAUAAAUAAAGUAGAAAGAACAGGCUUUGAGGAGGGAGCGAGGCGAGGAAGGCAAGAAAACAGCAGAUACUCAUUGACAGAGAGGACUGGACUAACUCCAUGGAUUACUGACAUCAGCAAAACAAAGGAAGAGGACCGUCAGAAAAAAAAAGAGAGGUCACUGCAGUCCAGCAGUAGUGUAGCCUGCCUGAGCCUGUCUACAAUGCAAUCAAGACAGCUGAGAUAGACAGACACAAGCACAGACACAGUUCAUAAAGACAGUCCUCUGUGUAACUGCACCAUGUUGAUGAAAGAGUACCGCAUAUGUAUGCCACUCACUGUGGAUGAGUACAGGAUCGGGCAGCUGUAUAUGAUCAGUAAGCACAGCUGUGAGCAAAGUGGUGGAGGAGAAGGGGUGGAGGUGGUGACGAAUGAAACGGAUAUUCACCCCCAGCAUGGACAGGGACAGCUGACCGAGAAGAGAAUCUACCUCAGCAGUAAACUGCCGUCCUGGGCUAAAGCGUUUGUCCCUCGUUUCUUCUAUGUGACAGAAAAGGCCUGGAACUUUUACCCGUACACAAUCACAGAGUACUCAGUAUCAUUCCUCCCCAAAUUCACCAUCCGUAUUGAGACGAGAUUCGAGAACAACAACGGCGAUAACAGCAAUGUGUUUGGGGACACUCCAACCCCGGAAAAGAAUGUGAGUUUCCUGGAUAUCCUGAGUGACCCCAUCCCGGAAAAGCACUACAAAGAAUCAGAGGACCUGAGUCUUUGGCAGUCCAGUAAAACCGGCCGGGGGCCUCUGGGAAAAGGCUGGAGAGAGGAGCACAAGCCUGUUAUGUGCUCCUAUAAGAGGGUGCAGUGCAGCUUUGAGGUGUACGGCUUCCAGACCAGGACUGAGGAGUUCAUCCACAGAAACAUUCAGGACAUUCUUCUGGUUGGCCACAGGCAAGCUGUAGCGUGGAUAGAUGAAUGGCAUGGCCUGAGCUUGGAGGAGGUGAGAGAGUUUGAGAAGGCGAUGCAAGAGAAGACCAACUGCAAAGUCAAAUCAAGCCAGAACAACGCAGGCCCGGCAGCUGCCCCUCGUCCUGUUUUUUCUCGCUCCAUCUCAGUGACAGACGAGCGUUCCCUGAAGAAGAUGGGAGUGACGACAGCGGCAAUGUCUGACCCCUCUCCCUCCUCUGGGCCUCAAACUCCUGUUCGCCUCAACUCCACCCCAGAAUAAUGACACACACACACACACACACACACACACACACACACACACACACACACACACACACACACACACACACACACACACACACACACACACACACACACACACACACACAUACUGUUUUCACACAGAAUCCCAUGUCAACAGUCAACAGAGUCAUAUGAGGUUUCUCUCGGACAUCAACACACACAUGCAAACAGUGAUUUAAACAUCAUUCUACAGCCAACCGAGGAAAACAUUUGUUACCUCUUUUGGGGAGAGACGGUUGACAAAAUCUGAAAAACUUGAAUUCGUAGCUGUUGAAUUCAAGGCAAAUGCAUUUAGCAAGUGAACUUUGAUUAGCAAAAAGACUUGAAACAAGAAAAACAGCUAGCUCGGUUAUGCGCAAAGGAAAUAAUAAUAUUCCAACUAAUAUUUCAAAAGUUCACAUAAACUGUUUCUUGUUGGAUUAAUAUACACAUAAGAAUGAGUAUAAAAAUGACAUUUUGAUGGUGGUUAAUUAUCAAUCCCCUAAAUUACCGUAAUUACUAAAUUGAUGUUUUAAACAUCAAAACCAAACAUUAAUAAAUCAUCUGCUGAUGUACUAAUGGGGGGAUUUUGGACACAUAUGACAUAGCUAGGCUAGCUUCUCCCACCUGUUACCAGUCUUUGUGAUAAAAUACUGGAAGCUAACUGGAAGCUAGCUCCAUAUUUAGCAUGUUGAUAAAAGUGCAGUAUUUAUCUUUUAACCCAUCUCUCAAACAGAAUGAAUAAGCAUAUUUCCCAAAAAUGUCUGAGGACUCCUGCAGAAAUAUCUAUCUGUUCCUUUGCAAACAUAGUAUUCGCACAUGAUGUUUAAGCUGCACAAACACACACACAAGCUCUACGCGCCUGCUCAAAGACAAUUUCUACUGUUGCCUUUGAAAAUACUCAGUGCUUUCUCUCAGCUCCUCAGCCAGAGAGGAGCCCCUCGACCACCAGCAGGGCUCUCGAUUGUUUCUCAGCCCCCAGCCAGCAGCCUACAGACAGAUGCAUAAGGAGUUUAAUGGAGUGGAUCUAAUGAGAAAGCAGAGGAGAACGAUGGAGGCUGUCAAUGCUAUGGAUCGGCUCCCCUCUCCACCUUAGCCAAUAGGUCAGACCUGGUGUAUUGAUAGAGGGCAGUGAGGCUUUGUAUUGGUUCCUUGAUCGCUUAGCUGAGGGCUGCAAAUGGGUCAAGCCAUGGAUAAACUUCAAUUAUAAGUCAAUGAUGUGAGCAUUUAUAAGACUAUUAGCUUAAUUUUUGUAAUACACUUUAAGGGGAGAAUGGCUUCUCGUCAUCAGGGAUGAACAAAAAACAACAACGAACUAACACAAUUCUUGUUGCCUUAUUUGUAAAAAUGUUGAGUUUUAAUGAAGAAUGAAAACUGAUAAUUUUCUGAUAAUAAGUAGAAAAUUCAUGUUGAAAUCACGCUGUACAGUCUUUUGUAAUGGAUUUUUUUCAAUAAAUACAAUUUCACUCUA